CAACAACAAACCUCGUAAAACUUCUUCUUGUCUGUGUCAAAAUCGUCGUGUUCUUUCUCUGUUGCUUAUUGAAAUGGCUAAUUGGAGAAGAAACCAAGGGUUCAGCAAUCAUCAAGUGGGUAACAUGAGAUCCUCAUCUUACAACGGAAAACCACCUUUGUAUAAUAGGUUUUCAACAGUACCUUUAUGGGAAAAGAAGUUUUGUACUACGGUAGGUCAAGUUCCAUGGCGAAGGCUAUUAGAAGGCAAGAGGUAUAUGGAAUCGCAUUCCGAUGUGAUGAAGUGGGAAGAUUCUGCUGUCAAACAGGCUUUUUACGAUGCAAAAUUCAGGUUUUGGGCUGAGAUCAACGGCUAUCGCUGCGACAUUCCGUGGCCUGAUCCGGACAUGUACAUCGAUGAAGUAGAUUGGGAUGCAAGUGUUGAUCCUGAACUGUAUCUGGAUUUGGAGAGAGAAGUAGAGGCCAGACGUAUCAUGAUGGAAAAGAGCGAGCAGGAGGAGACGGAGAUUGUCGACAAUCCUCUCAGUCAUGGAUGGGAACUCACACCUACUGGAUGGGGGGACGAAGACGAAGAAGUAACAAAGCCUCAGGAACCAAGUUAUGGUGAUGAGGGAUGUGGAUCAAACAACCAUGGAAAUAAUGAAACAAACUCUUGGGAACAGAAUGAUUCUCAAAGGUGGACUCCACAGGAGCACUAUGGUGGGGAGCUGCAUGAAGAGUACUAUCGGGCAAGAAAUGGUGGGAACAUAAAUUGGGGAGGAUAUAACCGAAGGAGACAGAAUAGCAUGUCAUGGUCUAAGAACCAUAAUGAGUACAAGAUGAAUCGAGGAAGAAGAAAUGGAGAAAGAAGGGGAGGAGGAGGAGGAAGGAGGGAAAACUAUACUUAUGUGGCCAAGGAAGCAGCUACUCCCCGUCAAUGGUAAAUUCCUUGAUUGGCAUGAAAUUCUCAUGAAGCUGCUCGGGCCGGUCAAAAAUAUUUUGA